AUGUUUCAUCAAGCAAUAUCAAAGAUGUUUGUGUAUGGAACCUUGAGGCCAGACGAUACCAGCGGAGCACCAUGGACUCAUCCAUUCAACAAUCCUCAAGGUUAUCAAGUACAUGCCCAAUUCGGAUAUAUUGAAAAGGCCCAAUUGUUCUUUCAUAAGUAUCCCAUUGCAAUUCUAAAUGACAAUCCGAACGAUCGGAUCUAUGGUUACAUUAUAUCUGUGAGUGAACCCGAAGGUGAGAAUUUCGAAAAACUACUGAAAUUUGCUGAUGAAAUUGAGGAAUAUCCAGAAGAAUACGAUCGGGCCAUUGUUGAAGCCUAUCCAAUUUCAAAAACGGAGUAUGAUGAUAAUAAUAUGCAACAAACAGUGCAUAAGCCCCCAAUACAAUCUCAAUCUCCUCCCAUUCCUUGUUUCGUUUAUCAUAGAACUUUGCAAAACAUUGCAAUUCGAGACAGCAAUCCACAACUCCAACCAAUUCCAUCGGGAGAUUGGCUGCUGAGAAAAUGA